GGGAUUCGGGCUGGCCAGUCCAUAUGGCCUGGACUACGGCUUAUUGGCAUAAAUUACGCAUUGAAAUCACAUGGAGGCUCAGAUGGUAUACAAGGUGAAAAAGAUCGAGUGCAGCGAAAAUCCGGUGCGGAUUAAAAACGUUUCAUGUCGCCUAAAGGCAAUCAAUUGGAAUGUGGCGGUGGUCAACAUGGACUGCGAUUUGGUUGUGCCUAUAAUACGCCCAGUGACGCGCCUUCAGGUCUUUAAGAAAGAUUACAGCAAUCAGUUCCAGCCAUUUCUAAUCGACGUAACGUUCGGAAUCUGCGAGGUGGUCAAAAAAAGGACCUACUAUCCCUAUGCCCUAAUGCUUUGGAAGUUGCUGAAACGUUAUUCCAACGUCAACCACUCUUGUCCAUUCUCGGGUCACCUAACCGCACGAGAUGGAAUUCUGGGAUCUGAAAUACUUCCACCUUUUCCAGAGGACUACUUUCAAUUCCGUUUUACAUUCUUUGAUUCCAAUUCAACUAACAACGCUUACCUGGGCACUGCGAAGUUUUUUAUUCAAGUCAUGGAGUCCAUAAAGAACAAAACAAAAACAGCGUCUUAA